UUUGACCUGAAGCCAGAGACGCCGCCAUGAUUCAGGCAGGCAGGCAAGGAAACAGUUCUUGUCUUGAGGAAAGACGAUUUCAUGUAAGAUUUGGAACUGAGUGAACAGCAAAGUGUUUGCAACAUGUCUAUACAAGGUGUUGGGAGGUAUUUCAUCUUUAUAAAGAACAAGGUGAGCUCCGACUGGAAGGACCUGGCUUGGUGUCUGGGGUUUGAGACACCAGACAUAGACAACAUUGAAGGCAAACGGCGGGACGACAAGUCUCGCUGUAUGGAACUACUGCAGGAAUGGCACAAGCGGAAGGGAAACGCAGCCACCAUACAUGUGCUGAUGGAGGCACUAAAAACUGCACAGCUACAACUUGUUGUGGACAGUCUGAAGGGCGAAUAUCCUGAGUUAAAUGAAAAGCCAAAGUCUGAUAAGGGAAAGGCUGAGAACAUUGAAGCGAUAAGGAAGGAAAUAAAGUUGUUGGAAGAGAAGAAUUCAAAAGCCCUCCUGGAACAGAAGGCAGAAAUGAACAAGAAAAUACAGCAGCUUCAGGAGGCCAUUAAGGAAAUGGAGGCAAGAAAUGAUGAGCUGCUGACUGCCAAGCAACCCGUGGAGGUCAGACCAAUCAGGGUGGGACAACCAUGGGUGGAGAAAGUCAGGUUUGGGGGAUGGGGAUCAGGUAGGGGGGAAUUUAAAUAUCCUUGGGGAGUAGCUGUCUCACAAGACAAUGAGGUUUACAUUGCUGACCAGGGUAACAUAAGAAUCCAGGUGUUCACAAUGGAUGGUGAUUAUAUCAGAGAGUUCACAACAACUCUGCCAACUGGUGAAAAGUUAAGGCCAGAGGAUGUUGCUGUAGAUAGAAAUGGCAACCUGUGGGUGGUGGGUGAUAGACAUGUAGUGCAGUAUUCCAGGGAAGGCACCUGUUUGGCCACAAUAGAUCUGCCACAUGUUGGAUACCUCGGUGGCAUAACUGUAGCUAUGGCAACAGAACAGGUGAUUGUUACACAGCGUGCUGGGCAAAAUGGUCGACUUCGAGUGUUUAACCAAGAUGGUUCUGAGGUGGGGACAUAUGGUUCAGGUCAUAGGUCACCAAAGCCUUGGAAGCCACAAUGUGUCACUGUGGAUGGAGAGGGGAACAUUCUGGUCACUGAUGACAACAAUCACUGUGUCCAUGUCUUGGACAGAGAGGGAAACUUCAAGUUCAAGUUUGGGAGUGAGGGAUCUGAUGAAAGUCAGUUUAAAUAUCCUCAGAGCAUUUGUGUUGAUGGGAUGGGAAACAUCAUUGUGGCUGACAAUGAAAAUCGUUGUGUGAAAGUGUUCGACAGUCAGGGCAGAUUUCUGUCUUACAUUGGAAGUGGUAUGAAGAAACCCUGGGCUGUUACUGUGUCACCAGGUGGAGAUGUGGUGAUGACUGAUUGGGAAGGUUACACUGUAUCAGUCUGGAGACAGGAUUAGUGCUGUACCAUAAAGGGGAAAGCAGUG